AUGGCAAUGGCAGCCAUGGACGGAAGCUCCCCGGCCAGGAAGCGCCCUCGCUGCUCGAGUGGCCAGGACACUCAGCGGAGCAGUCAGGUGCACCAAGAGGUCCUGGACUUUCUGAGUGACACGCUGACAACAGCCUCGCAGAAGGUCGCCAAGUCCCACCUGCGCAUGAAGGCUGCUUACGAAGAACAGCAGGAGGCUUUAGUGCUCCAGGAGGCAGACCUCGCACUGGCACUUCACGCCCUGCGUCAGACAGGCUCUGAGCUUUGCCGACGUCAGCUGGAGAUCGCAGAGACUCGUGCUCGGACGGAUGAAGCUGGACGUGCUCUGGACAGUUUACAGCCCGUGGCCCAUCUUGUGGAGAGCGUGAAGGUGCUUUUGGAGAAGGGCCCGGCCGAAGACAGCGCAGACGCCACUAUGCGCAUGCUGCAGCAAGCCCUGCGCAACCUCGGAGAGAACUCACUUGCCGAUGUGGCGCCCAAGGUCCUUUUUAUGGAGCCCCACCUCCGGGAUGGCUUUGCCAAAACAGUUGAGCAUCACUUGGUGCAAGAGAUCACCAAACUCGAAGAAACCGUGGCCCAGGCGAAAUCUCGCUGCACGGAGGCAUCGCAGACAUUUCAGCGCGCACAGGCGGCGUUUGCAGACGCCACGCGUGCAGACAGCUACGCCGCGGAAGAGGUGCGCAAGAGGAAGGCGGCUUACGAGGACCACCAUCGACGGGUGAGCACGCACAGAGAGGCCUUGAUGCACGCGGAGGAGAAGGACGCAUGCUUUAGUCAUCUUGUGGCGCCGCUCACCUGGAAGACUUCAUCACAAAUUCAUGAGCAGGCAGAGAGCGACUCAGGUGAAGGAUCAACCUCUGCACCGGAGACUCCCCGUGGUGCAGAGGGCCGAUGGGAACACGAAGAAAGACCAACACCUCCCAAGCCCGUUCGCUGCACGGACAAAGACCAAGAUUUGGCUUGUGCGUUCAAGACGUCAUGCCCGGCACUGCAGGGUUUGGGAGGCCAACUCAGCUGA